CCGGCCUGGCCCCGCCCCCUGGCGCGGCGCGGUGUCGUCACGAAGUUGCCAUGGCGUCGCUGAGCGGCCUGGCGUCGGCGCUGGAGUCGUACAGGGGCCGAGACCGCCUGUGUCUUCGGACAGUGAUGUCAUGUUUCUUCAUUUGUCCCACCUACAAAUCCGAGUACUGGGGUACUGCUGCCAGCUGGUUGGUGGAGUCCUGGUGGAACAAUGUCCCGCCAGGUCCGAAGUGGGGACACGUCUCUUGGUGGUGUCCACCCAGCUCAGCCACUGCAGGACCAUCUUGCGACUGUUUGAUGACCUGGCCAUGUUUGUCUACACUAAGCAGUACGGCCUGGGGGCACAGGAGGAGGAUGCCUUUGUCCGCUUGGUGUCCGUCCUAGGGAACCUGGCUGACCAGCUCUACUACCCCUGUGAGCACGUCGCCUGGGCGGCUGAUACCCGGGUCCUCCACAUGGACUCUUCCCGGUGGUGGACGCUGAGCACAGCCUUAUGGGCCCUCUCUCUGCUUCUGGGGGUUGCCAGGUCCCUGUGGGUGCUGCUGAAGCUGAGACAGAGGCUGCGGAGCCCCACAGCGCCCUUCACCAGCCCACUGGCCCGGGGCAAGCGGAGGGCCGUGGAGGCGCAGAUGCAGUCGGAGAUGCUGUCGCUUCUCAGCAACCUGGCUGACCUGGCCAACGCCGUGCACUGGCUGCCCCGGGGUGUGCUGUGGGCUGGCCGCUUCCCGCUGUGGCUGGUGGGCCUCAUGGGCACCAUCUCCUCACUCCUCAGCAUAUACCAGGCGGUCCGGGCUGGUGGCCAGGCCGAGGCUGCCACCCCCUGACACUGCCUGAGGAGCACAGGGACACACUAGAGCCCACAGAGGGCCCCUCUCUGCAAAGCAGAAGACGCCAGGGCAGGGGCUGGGGCUCUACGGCUGCCUGUGUCUAAACUCAUGGGCAGGGUGGGACGAAGGACUGAUUCAAGGUCCCCCCCAGGCCCCAGCCCAGGGCUACCGAGCUGGACAGUUUUCAGCCAUGGAAGGCUUCAGCAGCACCUCCCACCCACCACCUGGAGUCUUAUAUCCAAAUAAAGGUGAACCGGAGGAAGCCCGUCGUGCCUUGGGAAGCUGGAAUGGAAAUCAGUUAAAUGUUGUGGUGCUGCUGCCUGGCCAAGGGGUGAAGGAUAUUACACUGGUGGCUCCUGGCCCCUUACCCUCCACAGGACGGAGCCACAGUUGGAAACCACGCUUCCCCAGCCUGACUUCAGGAACGCUCUUGGCCUGGUGGGUCCCCUCCAUCUCUGAGCAAGUGUUGCCCACAGACCCCAAGUGGCCUUGAGCCAUAGAGGGCUGUUCUCUACUCCCCACAGUCUGGGCACACGGGCCAGAGGUGCCACCUCCUGUCAGGCCACCUUAGGGUGUGGCCUCACACCACUGUGCUGCAGACCUGGAGCAUUUUCAGGGCUCCAGGCUGAGACUGAGCAACACACACUGGCAUUGCUGAAGACACUUGGGAUUCCCACCUCAGCCAGCGUGUGGUGGGAUGGGACGAGGGCACCUCUUAGUCUCUGGCAGGCGCUGGGGCACAGCAUGGCCCAGGAACACAACAGGCAGUGUGUGUGUCCUUCGGCCUCAUGUGGUAUCAAUUGCACUGCUUUUUAAUCUUUUUGACACCAGAUCUCACCCAGGCUGGAGUGCAGUGGUACAAUCACAGCUUCACUGCAGCCUCGAACUGCUGGGCUCAAGGGAUCCUCCUACCUUAGCCUCCCACAAAGCAGGAACUGCAGGCAUUUAUCAUCAUGCCCAGAUAAUUAACAUUUUUUUUUUGUAGAGACAGGGUCUCGCCAUAUUGCCCAGGCUGGUCUUGAAUUCCUGGCCUCAGGUGAUGUGCCUGCCUCGGCCUCCCGGAGUACAUCUGUGCUUUGUUUUUACAGGGAAGACACUGGGUAGCUAUGAGCAGCUGGCAAGCUGGGGACUGCUCAGGGUCACAGGUGCAGGAGACCUCAUCUGUGGGGGCUCCUGUCCAGGACUCAUGAGUGGGCCAGGCUUGGUGGGUUUCCCCCUUCUCUCCCUUGUGGGGGUGCAGGCCCGUCCCGGCCUUCAGCCAGGGCCUCCUUCUCAGCUCCUAGUGGCACCCGCAUGAUUAGGGCAUCACAUUACCUACUGGAGACUCAAUUACCUCCAGCUCAUACCUGUGGGGCCCUUGGAGUGGCGCCUCCGUAUGGGGAAGCCACGUGACCACCUGAUGACAGGUGCCAGGAGGAAAAGCAAGCCACCUUCAGGGAUGGAGCCUGGACUGGGAAGGCCUUGGAUACUGACCGUGGAGUCCAGGCAUGGAGCAGACAGGAUGGAUGUUUCCAGAAAGGGAGGCCACUCUCCCACUCUCUGAGCUGGUCCAGUGGCUCUUUGCGUGUGUGUGUAUGUUUUAAACAGUUUUACUGAAAUAUAAUUCACGUAUCAUACAAUUUAUCCA